UCUUUUCACUUUUAUGUUACUUUCUUAACACUUUGCUUCCUCAUCUCAUCAUUCAUUCACUACCAUCCUCAUCCUCAUCACUGCAACAAUCAACUCUACCAACAAGUGGACCUUUCAAAGUGCCCAGAAACUCUGUUUAAUCAGAGUUUGCUUUUUUUCUCACUCGAAUUGUGUUCAUCGUCAACGAAACUAAAUCAAAGCAAAUGAAAGUUUGCGCUCAACAAUAGCAACUUGAUCAAUCAGUGUGAUCAACUUUGACAAUCUAACGUGCCAAUCUGGUGUUUCUGUGAAUCUGGUGAAACUCACUGAAUUGGACUUAAUUUUCAUUUCUUGUAAAAGGAUUACCAUUUUUUUCUGAUCAUCAUUCUGUUUACAUCGAAUGGAUAAUGAAUUUCUUUGAACUCAUAGCGAGAUUGUUGACUUUCCUUUUGGUGUUAAAUCUUAUAAACUGUGAUUCAAAACAUGUUAUAGUCAAGCGUCGUGCCAGAGUAAAUGUAAGAGCACCAGAAUGGUGGAAUGAAUGGUGGGGUAAAUACAUAAGAGAAGCCAUUGAUCCGACUGUCAGGCCUCUUCUGCCUGCUUCUAAUAGCUUAGACUACGAUGUUCAAAGGCCUGAAACUGAUGAAGAGUUUCGUCAAUUACAGAGACCAACUAAUAGACCACAAUUGCCAGGACCUCGACCAACUUUUUCUCAAUCAAUUGACCAACAAGGUCCAGGUCAGGUAGAAGAUUCCCGUUUUCGUGAACCAGUAUUGCCUUCACCGAGACAACCAUCUCGUCAACCCUUAGGGCCACAACAAAGACCAGUGGUAUUCCCAAGACCUGAUGAUACAACUGUAAAUCCUCCUUUUGAACAAUCGGAAAAGCCAGUAUCAAUUCCAUCAUUCCCUCCAUCACCACCUUCUCGUCCCCCUUCUUCUCCUCCUCCAUCACCUCCUCGAACUCGACCAAGCCCUACACCUAGUAGACCUGGAGGUAACCUUCGUCCUCAAUUCCAACGACAGCCCCAACAACCUCAAUCCCAGUUCCAACCACAACAACCACAAUCUCAAUUCCAACCCCAACCCCAACAGCCCCAAUCCCAGUUCCAACCCCAACAACCACAGUCCCAGUUCCAAACUCAACGCCCUCAGCAACAACAGCCAGUGCCAACUUUAAGACCAAUUAAUCAGAAUGGAUUUAAUCCUUCUCAACCUCCUUCUCAAACAUUCAAUCGGCCAUCAGAUAAUCGCCAACGACCUACGUUGAGACCAACUCAAAGUCAAGAGCUUGGUCCUCGACCUGGUCCAAUAUCUCCUGGUGGGGUAAAAGGAGGUCCAAGACCUCGUCCUACUCCAUCAGCACGAUUCCCUCAACCAGGGACAAGUGCAAGACCAACCUUCGCCCCUCUUCCUACUUUUAAUCAAACUCCGAGUUCCGUAAGACCUCAACCUAUCUCACCAGCACUUCCUUCUCCUCCAUCUUCAUCAAGACCUUCUUUUAGACCUGUGCCCGGUUUUGAAGCUCGCCCACCCUCAGCUCGACCAAGUCCAGCUCAAACCGAUAUUGAACCAGAAGUUGAUUCUGAAGAGCCAGAGUUGAAUGAACAAAUUUCAACCAUUAGACCAACAAUCCGUCCAUCAGCCCCAAAUCCUAGACCAUCAAGACCUUUACCCCAACAGCCUAGACCAACUUUACCACCACCAGUUAAGGGAAGACCGACAUUUGUUGAUGGCGGAAGAAACAAUGUGCCUCAACCUACAUUCCGUCCAACUGUGCGACCAGCCCCCGAAGUCACAACAACAGUUGCUCCUUUAUCUGUUCAAACUUUCCGACCUCGCCCUGCAGUGACUUUUGCUCCUCGACCGGUAAAUACUUUUGCCCCUCGUCCUGCAGUCACAUUCGCACCUCGCCCUGCAGUAACCUUUGCACCAAGACCCACAGUUACCUUUGCCCCACGUCCAGCAGUAACUUUUGCUCCUCGACCAGUAAAUACUUUUGAACCUCGACCAACUGUAACUUUUGCACCUCGUCCUCAGGUAAUUGAUACAGCCCGACCAACAUUUCAACCAAGACCUCAGUUGCCAGAAGCCAAACCAAGUCCAGGACCAACAUUUAGGCAACCAACUGAAAGGCCACCUACUAAAGGAGGAAGAAGGCCGCAACAACCAUCUGUAUCCUUCCAACCACGACCAGCUCCUACUACUCCCGCUCCAUUCCGUGAUUCACAAACAAUUAGACCUCGUCCUACAUCCUCAAGACCAAUUGAAGAUGUCUUUGACACCGAAGCACCGGAAGAAGAAGUUGAUCAAGAGACUCCUUUAACACUUCCACCUGUCCCAGUAAGACCUACUCUACCACCAAGAAGACCACAAUCAACUUUCGCCCCAAGACCUUCUCCAGCUCAAAGGCCAUCACCACAACCUGUUUCAACACGAGCACCACAGAUAGAGGAAGAUCAGGAAGACGAACAAAUUGAUCAAGAACAAGUAACAACAGCUCGACCAGUGAACAUUCCUACUCGACCUAGUAUCCCUUCAAGACCAUCAACUCCAGCAAGACCAUUCUUCCAACCAACAUUCAGACCAAGCACAACAAAUCCAUCUGAAGAAGAUGAACAACCAGAACAGCCAGAGCAACCCGAACAAACUGAUGAACCUCAAUCUUUUGGACAAAGAAUACCAAGACCAAGGCCAUCAUUUACGCCAACAACCACAACAAAGGCCCCAAGACAACCCGAUGGAGUUAAAAUACCAGCUAGACCACAGCCAGGCAGUCAAACUUCGUUCAGAGAACCAAUUCCAUUCAGACCACGUCCAAUUCAGACGACAACUCAACCAUCAAUUUCAUUUACUCAAGAUGAUGAAACUGAACCAGAAGAGGAAACUGAAAGACCAGUACAACAAACUCAAACAUCAAGACCAUUCCGUCCACAACCAACCCAGGGCCCAGUCACAUUUAGACCACAACAGCCUACAACCGAAUUUGUCACAACAUCUAGGCCACCAAUUAAAACACCAACUCGCCCUGCACCAAGUCAAACAUUUAGGCCGUUCCCUCCAACAUUCAGACCCCGACCAACUUUUGCAACAACAUUGGCACCAACAACUACAGUUAGUUCAAUUACACCACAGACAUUCGAUGAAGAUUAUGAAGAUACUCAAGCUCCAGCUGAACCAAGUCGUAGACCUCAAGAAAUUGCUACCAAUAGUCCUCGUCCUCAACAAACAGGGUUCACCAACCCCCCAUCUCGACCAUCAUUACCCACAACAACACCAAGACCAUCCCUAGUACCCGUAGUACCUGUAAGAAUAACUACUGACCGACCACAACCGAUUGCACCAAUCGACCAAUCUACUGAUUAUGAAGAUGAACAAAAUGAACAAGAGAUAACUGUACCUGAUUUCCAACCAACUCGUCGUCCAUCAUCACCUCGAAUUCCAAGUUUACCAGAUACUCAAAUAACUACUAGACCAGAUACUCCACAAGUCCAACCACAACCUCAACCACAACAGCCACAGCCACAACAGCCACAACAGCCACAACCACAACCACAAUUUCCAGUAACGACAAGACCUCAACUUCCUGUUCCUAGUCGACCACAACAACCACGUGAUGAGCCUGAGCCUCGACCACGUCCUCGACUUCCCGCUCUUCCAGAUUCUACUAGAAGACCUACUAGUCCUCAAGCUCCUAUUGGUAAACAACCUACGGGAAAAACACCAAACACUAGCGCAGCAAUUUAUAAUCCUCCUCUUGGACCAGCAAUUAGUGUUGAACGACCAGAUAGACCUAAAGCAGAUGGAUCAAUGCCUGACUGUACCCUUUUAGGCGCUAACUAUUGUAUUUUAACAAACGAUUACCCAAUGGAUGGUAUUAAAGAAGUCGUCAAUCGAAGUUAUUCCAGAAUUAAAUUAAUGUAUGAAGAAUUACAAACUGUUGGUGAUCCUGAUUUAUUCAAAAGCCAUGUUGGUGACUCACUUGCUUCUAAAGGACAAUUCGCCUGUGAAACUGAAUCUCAUAUGAUGAAGCCAGGUUGGGCUAAAGAUGAAAUUACAAAAGAAUGGAUGAUUAUUGUAAACACUGAUAUUUUCCCUCAACAAGUACGAACAGAAAGUUGCAAGCGUCCAAAUCAACCUUGCUCUUUUGUGGCUCCUUAUUAUGAAUCAACUUGCCAACAAAGAUUCAGUCUUCAUCGGUUAAUUGCUGUUGAUCCCCAUGAUCCGGGUAAAAGUCCUGUUGUUGCUUUAUUCAAAUUUCCUGCUGGAUGCUCUUGCCGUGUUCAUCCAGUACGAAUCCCUCAAACAGGAGAGAUAACUUCGCGGUAAAAUCAUCAAAAUAAUAAAACUAAAAAUUAAAUUGAAUCAAAUCAUUUCCAUUUUGUAAAUUAGCUUGUUGUAAUGCAAUUGAUAAUUAAUUAAAAAAAUCAAUUCUUCAUGGUAA